CACCAUUCCGCGCAACUUGAUUAAAUCCUUUGUGAACAUGGGUCGUCGAAUUUACAGCGCUCUGUCUUGUCUGCUGUUAGUCGGUUUAUCACAAGCAGCUGACGUGUAUCUCAGCCCAUCUCAAGAAUUUCCAUCCCGGCUCUCCCUUCAGCAUGCUGAUUUUGUCUUGUCGCAACACCUGGGUCUCGAGCCAAUCGAGAGUUUCCAGGAUUAUAGCGAACUGCUAAGAGAGCACGAGUUUGUCGCACAAGGGGCUUCAAACGCGUUAUUUUUACUAGUAGACGAUGCUAGUUUACAAGACAUCAUUCCUUCUUUCAUGAGCCGCUCGUUCUCGAUUGCAGGGGCACCCACUAGUUCCCUUACUUCCUUUGUGCCCUCGUAUCUGAAACGCGCCACUCAUUCAUACUCCCUCGUCUACUCUGAUCUCGCUAUUCCCCCAGAAGGCAUCCCUCGGACUCUUGACAUAUUUUCUGCCCCAACACCCGCAAACGAAGCUUUCCUUGCAGAAAUAUCAACAAUUACCAAAUUCAUCGAGACAAUCACAGAUAUCUAUGAUGACAAGUUCGCGUCCUUGGAGUUAACAGGAUUGUCCCAGCUCGCAGCAACAUAUGGUCGUUCAAGCGACCAGUACCAGCUUGCAGCAAGAACAAUCCGAGCCGUUCUUGAAGCCAGUACUGCUGAUGCAAAGACCCGCGUCGCCGUCUUGUCCUACACCCCCUCUCUUAUGCUGGACAAACGACAACCGCAGCCACCGCAGCAGUCACCCCUUCCAGCACUCCGCCCAGCCGUGGGACCACCGAUUCGUCAUUUUGCCUCUUGCCUCACGAGCGCUGAGGCCUGCUCCAACGCGACCAAUGCUUGUUCUGGUCAUGGGCAGUGCGUGAGCACCCUCAGUGCUGAACAGGAAUGUUUCGUUUGCGCUUGCUCUGACACCAAGUCUAAUUCUGGGAAGACGGAAAGCUGGGUGGGCGAUAUGUGUCAGCGCAAAGACAUCAGUAGCACCUUCGUGUUGAUCGCAGGGACAGUGAUCACACUUAUCCUCUUGAUGGGAGGCUCUAUCUCGUUGCUUUAUUCUAUCGGUGGCGACGAGCUUCCUAGCAUCCUCACAGGUGGUGUGGCAAGUGGAUUGAGGAAAGAGUGAGAAGACGCCAAUAUCUGUUGCAUAGUAGGCUGGCUCGUAAAUCUUGUCACCAAUUGCAGGUCUUCAUGAUUUGAUGCCACUCGACUUGGCGGCGUACUAUUCUUCCAGACUGAUAUUUGACAAUUUCCACAAGUCUAAGGUUGCUGGGUAUGAAGACUUCUUGCGACAUACUGGGCAAGCUUAACUUAGCAUGUUGUACAAUUACUCAAAUAUUAUAAUCUCAAGCUACAAAUUUAUGAUUUGUCUCGCAGCUCGACCUCGAGAGCUGCCUACCCGAAUAUGAAUCGCACUACUCAUCUCA